UUAUUGGUUUUGAGUAAUCCAAAUGCAGAUUUCGCCAGAAAAUGAUCAGCAAAAUCGGGAGGCAUUUUCAAUCUUAUCAAUAUUUUCGAAUAUAAACGUAGAAAGAAAACAUUUUGGCUACAUUUACCUCUAUUAAAUUCUGGAGUUCAUUUAUCACCUGUUUCGUAUGAUAAUUGAUAAUGAUAUAAUAACUUUCGCUUAGAUAAAAUAUUGUUAGAAUACAAUAUAGAUAUGACACAAUACUUUACCUUGUUAACCUGGGGAGGACAGACAACGUAUCGAAACAAAAAGAUGUUUUAAUUUUUGAUCCCUAUAUUAGUUUUAUAGCUGAUGUUUGUUGAAAAUAAUUAUGACGGACGACCCUGAAGUUAUAAGGUGUGUAGCUAUUGGUGAUGGUUAUGUAGGAAAAACAAGCCUUUUGUCAAGACUGAGUGGAAAAAAGAUGAAUGAAUAUUAUGCAUCUACUAUAUUUGAGAAUUCGAAAGUAUCUUUAUAUCAUAAAAAUAAAAAAUAUGACCUCCUUCUCAUUGAUACUGCUGGUCAGGAGGAGUACAAUAUCCUAAGGACACAAGCCUAUAGUUACGGUGAUAUAUUUCUUCUUUGUUACUCUGUUGACAAUAUGGAUUCAUUUAUAAAUAUUAGAGAAAUGUGGUUACCUGAGGUGAAGAAAUGUAAAGAAAAUGCUAAAUUUCUCUUGAUAGGUUUAAAGAAUGAUUUGAGAACCGAUCUCGAAACAAUUGAUAGGCUGAAUAUUACAAAGAAAAUUUUUGUGAGUCAAGAAGAUGCGGAGAAUAUGGCUAUGAAAUUGGGUAUGCCUCAUAUUGAGUGUUCAUCAAAAAAGCAAGAAAGUUUCGAUAAGAUGAUCGAAGAAAUUAUAGAAUUAGGGAAGAUGAAGGUUCCUGAAUUCUACAGUUGCAUGGAUUGGUUGAAGAAUGUGUUGUGUUUUGGGGACUAGAGCAGUAAUUCUUAUUUAUUCCCAGUGAUCUCAUUUAUGUAUUAGUUGGCACAUAAUAUUGUAAAUUAUUUGAGUUCAGGGUAAUACAAAUUUUAUUAUCA